AUGGCCUCAGAGAAGCCGACUGGACAUCAGGGAUCUUCAGAGGAAGACUUUGGGCCCCAUCUUCCCUCUUUCAGGCUCGUAUCACAGAAUCAUGGCUGUAAUGGAUGCAGCAUCCCAAGCCUUUCCAUCGACUCUGGCACAUACUCAGUGGAGCCCUUCCAUCUGCUUGAGAGCAGUGAAGAUUUUACAUCAGAAAACAGGACUCUGUGUGAUUGUGCUGAUACCAAUGGCUUUUCAGAGGAAGAUCUCCUGAAUGUAACGUUUGAAGCGUGUGACACUGCUGGCAAAGGAGAGGUUCAGGCCUCCACUGUGGUGCAGUAUCUUCAGUCCAUGACGUUCCAAAGCUCCGGCCAGGACAAGCUGACCAAUUUACGACAGAUGCUGGACCCAGAGAACCAGGAUCCACCUGUUAGUAGAGAUACGUUUCACGCCACCAUGAGAGAGUGGAUCGCCCAGUGCUGCCAAGAUGGGGCUUCUGAGGAUAAAAAACAGGAAAAAGGAUCAACCUUAAGAAAAUUAUCUAUAACUGGGACUGAAUAUCAUCUUCCUUUAAACGAGGCCACAUUUACAGAUGGAGCUGAAUAUCAUUGUGAGUCUGGAGAUCUGUCAGGUUUAGUGUCUGAGCUCAAACACACCCAGCACAGGUUGAGUGAGCAGAACAGCAGCCUGCUGAGGACCGUUUCUCAGUGUGAGGACACCAUCCUGCAGCUCAGUCUGGAGGUGUCAGAGCUGCACACCAAACUGGCCAGUGACAAAAUGCGCAUUUAG